AUGCCUCUAACGGAGCAGCGCGAGGAGGAGAAGAAGGAAAAGAAGAUCGACCUGCCCUCUGAGCGGUCGGGAAAGAGGACCGAGUUGAGGGCGAAGAAGGAGAAGGCAAAGAAACGAGAGCGGGCUGCCGGCCCGGACGAGAGUGGGCCAGCUCGGCGUCGACAGAGAAGAUCGAAGAACAUAAGAGACGAUGAGAAGAGCCAGAAGGCUGAGAAGAGGGAGAGGAAGACAGAGAGGAAUAGGCGGAAGAGGAAAGUGGUAAAAGAGAGGCGCAUGAGAGCGAGGAGGAGGCAGGCUGUGGAGGAGAUGCAGAUGAUGGGAAAGAGGGAGGAGAGAUACGAGGGGGAGGUCUCGGUCAGAAGCUACAUUAGUACUGUUUGGACGGCGACGACCGGGAUGGGCGUGGGUGCUUGGGAAGAGGGUGAUGGUUGGCGCGCUGGGGAGGGCUGGGAGCCCGAGGACGACGGUCUGGUGUCAGCUUCUGAUUCGGACAGUCACGAAGACGAUGAAGAUGAUGAGGAGGGUGGGGACGAGGAGAUGGAGGACGAGGAUGAGGAGGAGGUUAACGACGAGAUGGAGGUAGAUCACGUUGAGCACAGUCCCCAACGCAAGUGGGAUGAGGACGAGGAUGGAGAUGAUGGCCGUGUUUGCCGUGUGGGUGCUGUUCCUCUCACCCCAAGCUUCGAGUUGGUCAUGCGUUGA